AUGAGUUUCAUAAAUCCUUUGUCUAUGAGAUGCUCCGAUGUUGACUCGGUGACUUUGCAGCAGAAUCACGCCGUGACUCGUCCUCCUCCUCCGGGCCAAACUCAGUUAACCACAAUGUCAGGAACAACUCAAUCGUACACAAAUUUGUAUCCGUCUUCACAGGGCGAGACCCAAACUGCUCGUGGGAUCUCACAGCAGUUUCAUUGCCAUCUUCCACCACCUGUUUCAAUGUUACCUCCGCCGCCACUUUUACCUCCCGGCACUCUUCCUCUAAUGCAGGCAUUGCCUCAUCCGUUUCAUCCUCUACCAAGUUUCCCACUUUCUGCUCCCGCAAGAAGUUUGGAACCUCCUGGGAUGAUGCCUCUUCCUCCUCCACCACCUGGUAAACCUCAAGCUGCAAAGCAUGUUUGUGAGAAUGGCGUAGCUCUUGAAGACGCUAAAUCCUUAACUGAGAGUUCUAACCAUUGUGAUGAAUCUUCUCCACCACAUGAGAUCGCUUCUCCUUCGUGUAGUGAUCCUGACAUUGAGAUGGAAGAUGAUAUCACGCUGCCUGAGGAUGAGAAUUACACAAGCCAACCUCUAAACUGUGGUUCUCAUCAAGUUCCCGGGGCAUACUUAAACACAGAACAGCCGCUACCUGAAACCGAUUCUAUCACAGGCGUCGCCAUGAAUUUUCAAACAGAGCUUCUUCCUCUGUCAAAACCAUAUGCUCAAAUGCACCAAGAUACAGAUGAUGGUUCCAGACAAGCUUCUUCCUCGCCUUACUCAGGAAGAGCCAAGAUUGUUCCAGAACGCGUUCUCGGCGACAUGUAUGAUCCUUUCGUGGACAGCUUUGAACCAGCCUCUGUGAAAGUAGAGCAUGAACCAGUUCACUACUCGUACACUGAACCGAAGGCGAGCAUUUCCUCAAACAGGCCAGUGAAUAUGGAAGAAAACAACCUAGGUGUUGAUAAACAAGCUCUGAGUGAGUCAGACGUGACAGGUCGGGUCAGUGUUUCCUCCAACAAACCACCUGACGUUGAAGAAAACAUCACUGUAGAUGGAGCAGUGGUAUCUGGAGAUGACGAUGAGUUUGGUGAGAAUGCAGAAAACGGAAGAGAAGGUAACAGCCAUGAGACCGGGACUCCAGACUCCCACGACGAGAAUCCGAAGGCAAAUAACAAUGUAUGCGAAGGUGACAGCACGAGGAAGAAGUCUCGAGGGGAUCCAAAGGAGAAAGAUUCGUCAAGGUCCAUGAAGCUUUUCAAGGUCGUGCUAACGAAAUUCGUUAAGGAUCUUCUGAAACCAUCGUGGAGGCAAGGGAAUAUGAGCAAAGAGGCGUUUAAGACGAUUGUGAAGAGAGCAGUGGAUAAAGUUUCGAAUUCAAUGGAGGGUCGUCGUGUACCCAAAUCAAGAGCUAAGAUCGACAAGUACAUUGGUACUUCGCAGCACAAGCUGACCAAACUCGUCAUGGGUUAUGUAGACAAGUAUGUCAAAGCAUAG